AGUCUGACCCCUCCACCCAAUGGUUGACGGAGGCACGGAGUUUUGGGGGAGUGCAUAUAAUCAACAUAAUAUCGGAGGUGCUUAGAUAUUGAUCCAUCCAGUAUUCAGAGGUAGUUCAAAUUCACCUCCCCUGGCCCGUCCAGUUUAAUCUUCCCUGCGCCUUGGAGAGCAAUUCACGCGUAAAAAUGCCGAAGAGAAAGUCUCCCGAGGGUCCUGAGGGCAAGGAAACCUCCAAAGUCACAAAACAUGAGCCAACCAGAAGGUCAGAGAGAUUGUCGGCGAAACCUGCUCCACCUAAACCUGAGGCCAAGCCCAAGAAGGCUGUCGUCAAGAAGGCUGCAGAUGAUAAGGGGGCCAAAGGAAAGAAAGGUGGCGCCAAGGGGAAGAAGGAAGAUGGGCCUGCUCAGAACGGAGAGACCAAGACCAAUGAGGAAACUGAAGCAGCAGAGGAAGCGACUGAGGAGAAGGCGUGAAGACUUGUCCACCUGCUCGUCCUCUCCAGCUCCAUGGCAGCAAAGCAUCUUUUUUUACUGAUGAUUUUUGUACCAUGCUAGUUUUUUCUUCUUCUUUUAUUAGACUUGUGAUAGUAGAGACAAACGACCUGCAGCCCUGAACACAUCCUCACACUCCUGUAACCUUUUGCUUGACCCUCCUCCCUCUCUCCUCCAUUCUGUGUUGCUAUAGAGUUCAGUAGAAGCCAAAAGGCACAAUGAAGUGGGUUUCACCAGGAAGCUGCACUGUUACAUCCUUAAACCAGCUCUGCCCUUUUAUUUUUAAUCACCCUUCUCAAUAAAACGGCGCUCAGCAUUCCUCCUGUAAUGAGAAGAUGCUCCAGUUUCUCCCCCUGAUGGGUAAGGUGAAGGUUUGUGAGCGUGUUGCCGUGCAGAGCGCUGAGGAGACCGGUUCCACAGGCGAGGAACACCUGCAGCUCUGGAGAACCACCACAUAGCUCCCUUUGAAUGCGUGUGUGCUGGAGUUUGUGUGUCUCCGUGUUUGACUUUUUUUUUAAACCUCUUUCUAAACGCCGUGUCCUGCAGCAGAGUGACAGCAAUAAUGAGUGGUGCUUCUGUUCUAGAUGGCUCUAUUGGCUUCUGACCCUCUGGGCUUUUAUUUUUUUAUUUUUUAUUUUUAGUUUCAUCCUGUUAGAAUAUUUUGAAAUAAAACAAAAACCUCAUGUCA